GAUGCCAUAAGUGUCAUGCUUGUCAGUCUGUUGCGUUUUGUUUUUGAAGAAGACAUAACUGAUCGCCCAAGUCCGCACUUCUGUAGUAUCGUCUCCAAUAACGUUUUCUUUUUCAAUACAGUAACUGACGUCUGAUCACCAAGUAGUAAACCGAGUCCGUAAAUUCUCAAACUGACGACUACAACGGAUGUCCAAUCAUAUUGACACACAAGAACAAGAACGCUGGUGAGUAGUUAUUGGAGACUGCUAGUUUUGAUGAAUGGCCUCAGGAGCUGCAGGAGGCUGAGGACGAGACGACUUCACGUGAUGGAAAUAUAUGAACAAAAAGCAAAAGGCGUGGAACGUUAUGACCAAAUAGCAGUCUAUGCCGAUCUAUCUCGCCCCAUUUUCAGCAUCGCAAUAAUUUCAGAAAAUGUAGUGGCUAUCUCGUAGUUAUAAUUCCAAAAAAAAACAUGAGGCCGCUUGGCUUUCUGAGCUAGAAAAAAGUAGUUAGGCCACUAACGGGCGAGUAGCAAGGCUAACAUUAAGUUAUUUCGUAUUUGUAGCUUUCUCUUAUUCUUCUUUUAUCUAUUAGUAUUAUCGGAAUUACCUACGACUGCUCCUGCAGGUGUAGACGCAGAAACUUCGCGGACAGAGUAGCGGGUAAGGCCUCAGGAGUCAUAAGACCUCGCAGAAGGUAGAUGGGUCAGAAGUGUGCUUAGUGUGAUUGCCUGCGGCAGUCGUGUUUAGUCUCCUACGCAGUAUAUUGAUGGCUGCGCCGAGUC